GCCUUGUAUUACUACCUCUAGGCUAUGGCUAGAGUCCAAAUCCAGUUUCUUGAGUCAAGUGGUCUUAUUAUUAGCUGCUUUUGUAGUAGAUUCCCAUUUUUCAUUAUAUUUAUUCAUUUUUAUGCUCCCUUUUUUAUUUUAAUUUACUACUGAAGAAAGAAUUUUUCUUGCUUUCUUUUUUAAGAGUCGCAUUUUUCUAUGCUGUGUUUUGGAUCUAGUAAGUAAUAAAUAAUUCUUUGUUGGGGUAACAGUAGACGUGUAAGAUGGAAUGAGGACAAUCUGGUGGAAAUCGAAGCAAAUAAACCUGUUAAGGCAGAAAAUAACAGAACCCGAGACGCCGUACCACCCCAUGAUUGAUGAUGAUGAUGGUAUGCUAGGGUCUUUGUCUCCCGUAGGGCAUGGUUUCAAUGAUUGUAUCGGUCAUACUAUGGAUGCUGAGGAAUUACGCUCUGUUUUGAAGGAUGUAGCUUCCUCGAGUAGAAAAACAACUGGGCAAUCUAGUGGCUGGACAUCUUCUGAGGAUGAGGCUGACGAAGAAGAUCGGAGUGGUAUGAGUUUUCAGGAACUUAGAAAAGCCCACUAUGAUGAGUUUUUGAAGAUAAAGGAAUUGCGAAGCAAAGGUUCUUUCCUUGAGGACGAAGAUGAUGAUGCGGAAGGUGAUCCAUCGUAUUCAUUAAGCUCUAGUGUCAAAGACAUGGAAAUGGAAGUAAGCACUGCAACUGUGCCUCAAAAAUCUUCUGCAGGUCCAACUAAUGGAUUGUGAAGUCAUCCGAUCAUU